GCGGGAGUGGGGCAGAGCGGAGCGGCGGCGCGCGGAGGAGGCAGCGGCUCGGCCGCCCCUGAGCUAGGUAACCAUGGCUGGUGAUGACUGUGUAAGGAAACGCCAGUCUGGCUCCACUGCAACCUGCAAAACCCCUGAGAAUGAAGAAACGCAGAGGAGACCCGAGAGUGAGAGGCCCUUCCAAAACUCAAGCAAUGGCUGGGUUGAUGUCGACCACGUGAUAACGAGGAAAAUGCAGCUCAUAGCAGAAGCUGAGCAACUGAAGCCAGCUUUCAUGAAGGAGGUGGACAGUCACUUCACCGAGUUUGUGAACAGUUUGGUAGCAAAAUCAGCACUCCUGGAUUCCUCAUCUCCAGCCUCCGUUUUCCCAGCUUCCUGUGCAGAGAAGGAACUGCACAAAGCCAAGACUUCGAGGGCCCCUCCAGAACAUGGGAAAAUCUUUACUGCCAGGAGAUCCCUCUUGGAUGAGCUGUUUGAAGUGAGUCACAUCAGGACAAUCUACCACAUGUUCAUCGCUCUUCUCAUUGUCUUCAUCCUCAGUACACUUCUAGUAGACUUCAUUGAUGAAGGAAGGCUGGUCCUUGGAUUUGAUCUCCUGGUCUUCGUUUUUGGAAAGUUCCCAGUUGUCUUCUGCACUUGGCUGUGCAUGUUCGGUGCCACAGUAGUUGUUCCAUACAACCUUUUUGUCUGGUGGGCCCAAGGCUAUUCCAGUUCCUCCCAUCGUGCAAUCCACUCUUUCUUCUAUGGCAUGCUGUUCACACUCUUCCAGAUAGCUGGGCUUGGGUUUGGACCAACCUAUGUUGCUGUAGCCUAUGCCCUGCCUCCAGCUUCCCGCUUCAUUGUAAUACUGGAACAGGUUCGUCUUGUUAUGAAGGCUCAUUCCUUCAUCCGGGAGAAUGUACCCAGAGUCCUGUCCUCAGUGAAGGACAAGUCUGGGACAUUACACAUUCCCAGAAUUUCUCAGUACCUGUACUUCCUCUUUGCUCCCACCCUCAUCUACAGAGACAACUACCCCAGGAAUCCCACAAUAAGAUGGGGCUAUGUAGCUACCAAGUUUGCCCAGGUGCUUGGUUCACUUUUCUAUGCCUACUACAUCUUUGUGAGACUCUGCAUUCCUCAGUUUCGCAACAGUAGUCAGGAAACCUUCAACCUUCGAGGGCUUGUCCUCUGUAUCUUCAACUCCAUCCUGCCAGGUGUGCUGAUUCUUUUCCUGGUGUUCUUUGCGUUCCUUCACUGUUGGCUCAACGCGUUUGCUGAGAUGCUACGCUUUGCAGACAGGAUGUUCUACAAGGACUGGUGGAAUUCCACAUCCUAUGCAAACUAUUACAGAACCUGGAAUGUGGUAGUACAUGACUGGCUCUAUUACUAUGCCUACAGGGACUUCCUCUGGUUUUUUGGUAAGAAGUUCAGAGCUGCAGCCAUGCUGUCUGUCUUCACUGUGUCAGCUGCUGUGCACGAAUAUGUCCUCAGCAUCUGCUUCGGCUUCUUCUAUCCAGUUCUCUUCUGCCUGUUUUCAUGCUUUGGAGUGGUCUUCAACUUCACCCUGAAUGACCGUCGGAAAGGGCCCUUCUGGAAUGUGAUCAUGUGGACUUCCCUCUUCCUGGGCCAAGGUGUCAUCAUCUGCCUCUACAGCCAGGAGUGGUAUGCCCGCCAGUACUGCCCCACAGAAAAUCCCACAUUCCUGGACUAUUUAAAGCCACGCUCGUGGUCCUGUCAUAUGAAGAUGUGAAAAUGGGGUGCUCUGGCUAUGUCAUCACAGAAAAACAGAGGUGUCCUCCAAGUAUUUGGACCAAUGAUGUAACUCACAGACUUUUUCUAAGGGAAGUUGUGCCUCCUGAUUAUUGGGGAGAAACUGUAAUUUUUUUUAAACAUUGCUGGAGCAAACCAGUUGACCUGGAUUGCAACAGACUUCAAAGGCAGCAUCUAUUACAUGCUGUCCCACUUUGAGCCAUUUCCAUGCCAGUAAAGCAUUGAAGGUGGAGUCUACUGGAAUCCUACUCAUCCAGGGGUCCCCCCAAAUGCUACUUUUCUGGACGAGAGGCAAGCUAGUCAGAUUUGCUGGUAGCUCAUUGUUGGUAUCCGUCCAUCUUUCUUAGCCAUUCCUUUGCAAUUAUUUUUCUCCUUUUUGGUAAUGGGAUGUCUACAAAACUUCUGUUCUUCAUGAUCCAGCCUGCCACUGUGACAGGGACAAGUGGCAGAGCAGCAGAGUGUUUGCCUCCUUGCUCUGAAGAUGGCUGAAGUUUUCCUGGCUGGCUUCAAACUGGAUCCUGUGUAUGCUGGCUGCCAACACAUAACAUGGGCAGAGGAAGAGGGAUUGUCACUGUGCUGAGUUAGGUUCAGAGGCAGGGCAUGGUGUGUGCAGUCUUUAUAUGACUUUUUACACCAAAAAUUUGUUUUCUCUGUAUUCAUUUAGUUUCCAACUGCCUUACAGCAAUUUUGUUCUUUGAAGGCCCUUGUGACUUUCUCCUUGCUCUUCCUUUCUUCUGCUCUAGGUAAUCAGUUCUUUUAACAUUAUUAACUUGUAAAAGAGCUUUUGCUUUAAUUUGGCAGGUGCUUUAAGGUAUACAGGUUGUUAAGGGUUUCUUUACUAAGAAAAACUUGAAAUACUACGACCAAGUGUAAGGAAAUGGGAUCAACUUUACAUGUACAGAGCAUGAUCUUGUUUGAAAUGGCCACGUGCAGCUCAAUGUGCCAGCACACCUUGUGUAUUGGAGAAGCUUCUAGUGCUGCUGGGAAAUGAGGAUUGGCCCAGAGCUGCUUUGUCACCUGCCUGUCUGCCCUGACAUCAGAGGGGGCUUCAGGUGGAGAUCAGCUUCCUGGGUACUGCCCUCUUGGUGAAGAGGUAGGAACACCCUCCAACACACACACACACACACACUAAUAAAGGCAUUUGGUGAUUUUGGUGUUUCCAUAGAAAUUAAUCAGUCAGAGUUUUUGCAGCUCCCUUGUUCUGUCAGGUGCCAAACAGAACAGGGAACUUCCAGAGUGUCUGAGUUCAGAUCAUUCCAGCUCCCAUUAUUGGAGGCAGGGUCACCUGAUGGACAUACCUUAACUUUAGUGGAAAGGACCACCUGAUAGAGAUAUCAGAAUUUUGGUGACAAGUAUUUUAGAAUUACUCAAAUGUUAUGAGAAACUGCCAAUGGAGAACAGCAUUUCUUUAUUACCUACAGCCCUGGGUAUUUCAUACUAGCAGUAUUUGGGACCAUUGAUGGACUUGUCUCCCAAGCCACUUCAGCCUCUCCUUUGGGCUUCUGCUUUCACUAAUCUCAGUCAGAAAUAAUUUCAUGAAAGUUAGGCAAUACUUCAAUUCUUCCAAGUCUUCAAUAAGAAGCAAUCAUGCUCUUGAGAAAAAGGAUAUUGUAACAGGUCAAAUUUGCCAAAUAGUGUUUCUGUGCCAGAUUCUCCUCUGAAAACAGCUCCUGCUAAAAUUAAUGAAACUGUUGAAGUGAUUUGAGGGGAAUUGUAUGCUCAAGUUUGGCAGUAUUCAUUUAUAAAUUUCUGAGAAUUAAAUGGAUUACUUUAUUGUCAGUCAGAAUGAGUAAUCUCAAAUACUUCACUAGACCUUUUGUGGGAGGAAAGAACAGAAGUUCUGGAACAACUAAGCUUCCUUAUUGAAAAGAGUAAAAUAUACAAAAAAGCACCCUUUGGCCAAACAGCUUUGUCACCUCCUUGGUACAUGAUGAGAUUCAGUCCAAUUCUUUUUUGUUUGGUGCUCAAAACACUUAGAGGUAACUGCACUCAAAGAGGGUGGGAUGGAUUAAGAACUUGUUUUGCCAUCUUGAUACAGUUGGCAGAUCUUGAUACAGUUUCAGUGUUUUCAAAAAGAGACCAAAGGAUGGCACUUUGUGCCCUGUUUUGGCACUUCCCUCACACCUGGCACUGUGUAUGCCCAGAAGGAAUAUCAGCAUUUACCGUGUCAGCAUUAUCACUGUUUGAAGCCUGAGGGCUUGAGCAUCUGGCAAGCAAAAGGCAACCAGAAAGGGAUGCUCAGCUGUUGGAACUAGUCUUGGUUUUUGACAAGUUGAGGUUUUCAGCCUUGUAGAUCAAGGCAUCUGGUAACCCUCCUGUCAGGGCAUUAACAAUUUGGAUUAGUUACAAUUUUGUGGGUUUUUUUAAUUGCUUUUUAAUGUGGGCUUAUUUUCAUUUUUCUCAAGAGUGCUAGAGGGAAAAUACUAAGUCUUUUGCAUGUUGCUUAUUUAAUUAAAAGUCAGUCAUACCAUGUUUGAGUUUCUUAAACUGCAAGUGCCAGAGCACUUGAGCAGAGCAGUGCAAUGUUCUGAUCAGUGGUGAGGAUGUGAAGGUUCCCAACCUGCCCAUUAUCAACUCUUAAUGUAAUACAAUACAAUCUGUUUUCUGUGGUUCUUUCCAGCACGAACUGUGCAGCUCACUUCCAUGGUACCUCCCUCCUUUGUGAGGUGGGAAGCUCCCAGCUUUGGAAUGGCAGCCAGUACAGCUACAGCUCCUUGCUCAAUAACCUCACGAAAAUCAGUGUUACAACAGCAAAAUGUGUCCUGGUUUUCAUGCAGAAAAUAAUUUGUUCCUGGGAAGGCCAAAGCUCUGUGGAGUCCUCAUCCCUAGUCAGUCUUUUCUGUUGGGGUGUGUGGCUGCCAGCCUUGGGGCUGAAGCAGUCCUGGGUCUGAUCUGUGAGCUCUGUGCUCUUCUGUGACAGCCAUCCACGUACUGUGUAUGCUGUGGUGGGAGCUGGGGGAAUUCCUGGUGCAUUUGUUCAAUAUGAUAUUACAUGGAUGGCACCCAGCCUACCUGCUGAAGGCAAACUGAACUGGUUGAGCAGAUGUGCCAGAGGGAGGGACAGCAGCUUCCAAGAGUUCAUGUGCUCUGCAGCAUCAGGACCAGCUCCCUACACACCUCUGAGCCAGCCUCUGCUGGUCCCUUCUCCUGGUGCCCCCAGCCAUGGUGCCCUUCCCUGGCUGUGGCAGAGGACACCCCAGCAUUGGUCCUGGCGCUGGCACCAGCUGUUCCACGAUGCAACCUGUACAUGUUCUGUCACGUACAAGAGCUGUUUGUAAUCUACUGUAUGACAGCAGUUAAAAUAUAUUUUGCUAUUAGGGGAGGAAAAUAAAUUGCCUUGGCCUGUU